UGCUCAUUCACAAAUCGCAAGUGCUAGAUGACAAGACGAUAAUAAUUUGUGGCAAUGUUCUACGCUCUCAUGCAAUCUUCAAUCGUGAAUAAUAAACUGAAAUACGAACAACUGUGGCAUAGUGACAAUUGGUGUGACAGUCAUUCUCCGAGAUUCGAACAUCAACAGAGAUAACCCAGAGUCCUUCAGAUCGAGUGCAGUGAUUAAAAGAGUGACAAGUUGACGAUUAAUCAAUCGAGUCUAGAUUACCUGAACGGACUAACGUGUCUGAGAAAUAGUAAAGAUUUACUAAGAAGAACUAACUAUCAAGAGUUAUAAUGGCGACCGUGCAGACUGCUCCCGAGAUGAGCCUCGCAAGUCCCUUGCCUGUGCAACAGGAACAAUCUGAAAUAGACCUGAUGGCGCUUACCAUGGCGGCGCUACGUUUUGUGAACCCGUGGUCGGUGGAAUCCAAACCUAGCCAGUGGCAAACCCAGAUAGUGCCCGGGUCACCUGAAGCCAAAGACCGAACCAUCACUUUGGCGGAAGUGCGUAUGCACGACACUCCACAAGACUGCUGGGUGGUCAUUUACGAUCGAGUAUAUGACAUCACUAAUUUCUUUGACGAGCAUCCCGGUGGAGCGGACAUAAUGUUCGAGUACGCUGGUCACGACGCGAGCACCGCCUUCCGGAGCUCGGGCCACUCCCGCAUGGCUCUCAAAGCCCUGGAACGUUUCCUAGUGGGGGAACUGCCUCUACCGGAGCGUAUGUACCGACGUCCAGGCGGCAUCCGUCUCAGUGAUAUACCGGAAUGAUAUUAAAGGGAAAAAGCAUUGACACUGCUGAAAUCAACACAGUUUGAAUACCAUCGGUACUAUCCCCGCCCAUUAACUUUAAAAUCAAAGUACCUCAAGAUCAAAACUUAAUCAAAAAUGGCAAAAGGUUAAUAAUACUAUUGUCCCAUAUUUCUUUGAAGUUAGAUAUUGCAAUCAGUUAUUUUAUAUAAUUUUAUGUACCAGCAGCUUUUAUAUCUGUAGGCAUAGAUAUAAGUUUGUUAUCAUGUUAAAACAUUCACCUAGGUAGAGGUACUAAAUUAAUACAAUUUAGAGAAUAGACUAACUACUAAGUCCUUAAUUAUACUACACCGUUAAUGAUCUAGACUUAUUGGUUGUUAAAUAUAUUAGUUUAGCUAUCUAUGUAUUGACCGCUUGGGGCUAAAAGCUCCUUUUCUAACUUUGUGGUGGUUGGUUACAAGACUCUACAAUAAUAUAAUCGGCUCUGAGCUACUAAUCGAAUGUAGAAUUUAUAAUGUCGUAUAAAUACCUGUAACUGGCGAGAACUCGUUACAGAUGAGUUCCAAGCGGCCAUGAAUCUCACAUUCCAGCGUUAACCUCAGUCUGUAAUAUGUUAGCGUCGAUAAGCAGUGAUGUAGUGUCGUGUUAACGUACUUGCAAGUAGGUACCUUAUCCAAAGUUUAUUAUCAUCUGUUGCUAACUGGUGGAUGUUUUUAAGUAUUGUAUGUUUUUGCAUUUAUACGUAGAGUUCAGAUAUAGGUAAUUGCUAUUUUAACUUUUGUAUAAACACGCUUUUAAACAAGAUAAGUAUAAUAUGUUUUAGUUUCAGUUCAAGUUUUCAGAUAUGGCAUUUAAAAUAGCAUAAUUUUUAAUAGCAUUGUACCUAGAAUUUUUUUUGUAAUUUUUAGUUUUAUUUACAGUAUUAAUUAGGUAUAAAAUGUUGUUUUGUGAAGCAAUGUGUUUUCCCCCUAUGUUCCUACUACUUUGUAUAAUUAGACAUAAUAAAACUUCGUUAUUAAA